CGCCCCCGACAGGAUUCUUCCUCUUCUCACGUUUUCACAGUCAAUUCCGAGUCACGAGUAGUUUCCGUCUCCUGUUGUGUGUUCUCUCCCUAAAACACAACCGAAUCGACACGGCACGGCAGGUGGUACGUGUCAAAGUAACAUCCGCAUGAAUGCCAGGACCCAAGGUUUCCCAGCAGAACAUUGAGUGUCACACUCCCUCCGCCAGCUUACCUUCUUCCCAUAGUGCAUCCUGGUGCCAUCUCUUAACCAGAUUACAGGGCCCUCCACAAUUAUUGGAACGUCGUGAAAAUAAGCAAAAAUUUUCAAAGAUUAUAUGCAGUAUGGGCACCACUGCACACUGGACAUGUCGUCUUAUCUUUCUCUGCACUUUUUUAACAUGUCCCAUCGUGAGCUGUCCACUUAAGCUGUUACCCGAGUCUCCAUUCUUCACAGUAUGGAAUGCUCCUACUGCAAAAUGUGCAGCUCAGUAUGGCGUUGAUCUGGACUUGAGCAUUUUUGAUAUCAUCCACAACCGGAACCAGAGCUUUAAUGGCAGUAACAUCAUCAUCUUCUACUCAGACAAGCUGGGCUUCUAUCCUCACUACACUGACAAAAAUGAAUCCGUAUAUGGAGGUGUCCCUCAGAACUUCAGCCUGCAUGAUCACCUCUCGCAAGCCUGGGCCGAUCUGCAAAAUAUGAUGCCAGAUAAAGCCUUCAGUGGCCUGGCUGUAGUGGACUGGGAGAGAUGGAGACCACUGUGGGAACGCAACUGGAACAGUAAGGAGGUAUACCAGCAAGGCUCUAGAGCACUGGUGAGAGCUAAACACCCUGACUGGAAACCAGCGCAGAUAGAAGCCAAGGCCAAGGAAGACUUUGAAGCUGCAGCACAGGCCUUCAUGGAGCAGACGAUAAAGCUCGGACGAGAUGAACGACCAGGAGGAUUAUGGGGUUUCUACGGCUUUCCCUGCUGCUACAACUACCAGUACAAAAAAAAUGAGACCUACACAGGGGAGUGUCCAACGCUAGACAUGAAGAGGAACAACAAGUUAUCUUGGUUGUGGAAUGUAAGCACUGCUCUGUAUCCUGAUAUUUACCUGGAUCUGAGCCUCAAGGGUCAUGACCGAGACAUUGUACUGUAUGCCCAACAUCGAAUUAUGGAGGGCAUGAGAGUGAGAGAGCAAGUCUCACCUACUCAACCAGUUGUCAUCCCUUAUGCCCGUAUCGUGUAUACCUACUCGAUGACAUUCCUCUCGCAGGAGGAUCUGGUUCAUACUAUUGGAGAGAGUGUCGCAUUAGGGGCUGCAGGAGUUGUGCUAUGGGGAGAUGCGAUAUACUCCACAAACAAGAGCACAUGCCUGGCAGUGAAAAAUUAUCUGGAUGAGACUCUGGGCCAAUAUUUGGUGAACGUGACCGAAGCAGCGGUUCUCUGCAGCAAGAAACUGUGUUCGUUUAACGGCCGAUGUGUGCGGAGAGACCCAGGUUCUUCAGCCUACCUCCAUCUUGACCCAGCGGUAUGGACCAUCAUCCACAGAGCUAGGCUUCCUGACCUGAACACCAACAGUCCUCCAUAUGUAAUACAAAUGAAUAAGGAGGAGCAGUAUCAUUUUACAAAACCAUUUAAGUGCCAGUGUUAUCCAGGCUGGGGAGGCAAACGCUGUGAGCAACAGGAUCCUAAGCCUGGACAGAGAAAGUAAGUGUCUAGAACUUAAUAAAACUUAAGACUGGAGGAAUUUUAGUUUGAGCAGUCAGUUCUGGCAAAUCCUGUACAGACAGACACUCUCUAAGACGCCCAAUUUACUGUAAAAUCUUAAAUAUUACAAAAUGAGAAACAUACCUUAGCAUUACCAUAACCAUUUAAAGCUAAAAUGAACCUCACUUGGCAUGAAAUUAACAGACAUUAACGGGUAUUUACAAUCACAUUAUUUGGACUGUUACUGUAUAUUUUAACUACGUUGAUGUCUAGAAGUCUGCUGUAAUACGUGUUUGAGAAUGCUGCUAUUUUAAACCUUUAAACAAGUAAGUUUAACUUGUGCUAAUUAUUUAUAAGGUGUAGAAAGAAAAAAGCAAACGAUUAAAGCAACUCGUAUUGUCUUUUGUGGAUUUAUGGAUGUGGCUCUCUUGUGUAAAUACGUAGUACAAAUUUAAACAGAAUACAAUUCUUUAAAUAGUUUGUUUUCUCACUACCACUGUUAUAUUAAUUAUUUCAGAAUGAACAGCAUUCCUUGUCUGUUGUGUAUAUAUAUUGAUUUGUUAUAGGAUAUGUAUCAUAAUGCAGGUCUUUGUGAAUUUAGACCACCCUCUUCUGGGGUUUUUUUGUACUGCAGACAUAUCUGAGGCUAUAGUCCUGGCUUGCCACUAGAUAGCAGUAAAGGUACAUUAAAACAGUUUGCAUAGACAGUCGCACAUGUAUUUCUUGCUGUACCUGUGUACGUUAAGUAAGAUCCGUGCUAAAAUAAAUGACUACUUUUGAGUGCUGCAGAAA